AUGCUAUUUCUAUUGCAACCAAGGUUAGAUGUGAAUGUUUCCAAAGACAAGAAACAUCUUCUUAAAGCCCCCUUAUGUAUUCAUCAAGCAACAGGCAAAGUCUGUUGUCCUAUAGACAUCAAUAUCAUUGAUCAAUUUAAUCCUGAUACUGUUGUUACAAUCAAGCAAAUUAUUUCAGAUGAACCUAGUGCCAUCCGAGAUUUCAAGCAAUAUCAACAACGACUGGCAGCCAUAAAGACUGACAGCCAUGAUGAGCAAACCAACCGAACGAUCAAACCAACCGAACGAUCAAUAGUAGAUAGAAGUAUAUGUGAAAAGAAAUAUAUGUGA